AUGGCCUACCAGGGGACACAUUAUAAUUAUCAGGUAAUUGUGAUAUUCGCGAUUCUUCUCGGCGGCGUGUUGCUGUUGGCGCUGGUGAUUGGCGCCAUCUGGUUUGUCUGCGUCAAUAAUAUGCGUGACGACGACCGGAAGCGUAUCCGCUCCCGGCCCCCAUCACAAGUCUGGGGCCACCACCAGGCCAACAUCCAGCCCCAACAACAAACGUUCCCCCAAUCAUACCCGCCCUACAACCCCAACGACCAAUUCUCGCAGCGACCCAUCUCGGCCAGCCCGGCCGUCCAGCAGUACAACGUUUCGCAGAGUCCACUAGUGACCCAAAUGCCGCAGGAUAUGUAUGGCAAUCAGUACCGCCAGUUGCAACCGGAAGUGACUUACACUCAGGGACCGACCAGCUACAUGGCGCAGACGCCCGUCGACUAUUCGAUGAACCGAGAGCCCUUCCGCCAAUCCGUCAUU